AUGGCAGGCGGAUCGCUGUUUCAAGUCGGUAAAGCGGUCGAAUUUUGGCGGGUACUAGUUCACUUGAGCAUCUUGGCAUUCUGUCUUGUUUUCUUUGAGGCCGCUCUUCAUCGGGUCGAGCAUCAACUCUCACGAUAUGACAAGUACCAGCAAAUGCUUCGAAAAGCGUAUCGAGAACUCAUGGUGCUUGGGUUACUAAGUCUUGGAUUGAAACUACUCAAGGAAGUACCGGGUGUCUACGCUGACAGUAAGACCAUGUUGGCUUUCCAAGUUGCUGACCUCACCAUCUUUAUCUUGGCCCUCGCACUCAUUCUGCAAGCACUCAUCGUCUUCUUGCAGCUACGCAAACACAACAAACAAGCUGAUCGCAUUGAAUUAAUCACGGCACAAGACUUGGUCAAUGCCAUUCGUCCACCGACUGAAACGCACCCACCUGCAGCACAAUUGAAACCAACGAAAUGGUUUUGUUGGCCGAGCAAAUCGAUCAAAGGAGUUGAGCAAGACGCAGUCGAACGUCGACUACUUCGGCAUUUGUUUCUUCGUCGCUUUGGACUUCCGCAGCUCUUCCCGUUCUCCAAGUACCUUCGUCGUGCUCAAGCACACCAGAUCUCACACAUGAUUGAAGUCGAGCCAUCCAUGUGGGUUCUUCUACUAGCUGUAGCCUGGAUGCUUUGUGGCUUUUUUAGUGCUCUCCACAAAAUGGACAUCGAUCUUCCUGAAAGUCAUGAACUCGUUGAAGUUUUCGUCGUUUUCGCCUGGGGACUCGUCGUGCUUCACGUUGGGGCGAUGAUCUACUUCCGUUCUUGUGUUCGCCAGCUACUGCGAGCUGCUGGUUAUAGUGACGAUGAGACUACGUUGGUUGAUAAUCUUCAACAAAUCGCUCAAGCUGAGGCUGCUGCUUGGCAAAGUGAAGCGGCUGACAGUGCUCUGAGCACCAUGAACCAGGUACAAGAAGAACUUGAAGAGAUCGAGGACAGUCGCAAUGCCGCGCGACACGUUUUGCUUCGGAAAGAUGUCGGACUACAGCUCGUGGCUACUUGCUGUCGCAAUUUGAGUCAAAUCGGUCGUGUCAAGCUGCAUAAACUACCGAGUGGGGUGCAGCCUGAAAGUCCAGACAUUCACAUCCGAUUCUUUUCACGCAAGGCAUGGCACGUUGUGGUGAUGUUCAUGCUGAUUCUCAACGGAUUUUUCAUCGCUCUGCUUGUGCAGUGCGCCGUGUACGACUUGAGCGACAUUUACGAAGAGUUUGGGCUGCUUCCCGCAAUCAUCGUUCCUCUUCCGUUGGUUUUGAACACUUUUGUGUUUCAACAACGAAUGUUCCGCUACUUUGUGACCAUCUGCAGCAUUCUUCGUGUGGAUGCCAAUACGUUAGGCGAGGUGGUGAACCAUUUCAGCGAGAUUGUCGAGCUACGGUCAGAGUUUGCGUCCUCGUUGCUAGAGUGUUUGAAAGAGGGAAACUACAAGGUCAUGGAUUUGCAAAGAGAACUUCGCGCCUACGACCCACGACAGACUGGUAUGAUGGACAUUGACAAACUUCGUGCCAUUCUAACGGCCUUUGGCUUCAAGUUGACGCGCUUCCGCUUUAAUAGCGUUGCCAAGCUGCUUUUUGAACUCAAUGGAACAAGAGUCGAGUACGAUCAACUACUUCGGCUAUUGGCACUUGGACAGAAUGAAGCUCCGACGGAAAAUGGUUCAGCCUAUCAAAGACGCCAACACCCGCUCUUGCAGCGAACUAGGACUGUUUCCGAGCCCGGUGCAAGAGCAAGUCGUGUAGCGUCAGUGACGUCACGUCAAGUACCUUUGCUGCCACAACCGAGCUUUGCGUCUGAUCCAAAAGCGAGCGAUUUCGUGACUUUGGACACGCCAGGACAAGCCAAUAUCCGUCGACUGACACUUCCUAGAGUGUCUGAAUCUUACCCAACAACCGCGACUCCGGAAAACAACAACCGCGUACGAGGUCCGACGCUGGAACGUAGCUAUACUCAUCAAUUUGCUGGCUCGAGCUCUCGAGCGCUCCACGAUAUGUUUAAUAUCCGCAGAGGAUCUGACUCCCAAAUGGACUCUGUACCCUCGAAUUUGGCGUACACAGUGCUUUAA